CUACAGAACGGUGACCGUUCCAUUCGCAGUUCUAGCUGUACACCCACAUAACCACACCCAUCACAACAGUCGAGCACGAUGAUUAAUCAACAACUCCACCACAGAGGACGAGAAGGCGUCUCCGACGCAGCCAAAAAUGGCAUGCUGCCUAGAACUACCGCGUCGGCAGCAGAGCCAGUCAACGGCAAAACUAGGCGAAAAAAUUUUAAUGCAUUCGUCGGUAGCAGCGGGCUGGUCUCAAAGCAAUCCUUUCUCAUUCUGUUGUUUGGGACCAUGAUGGGAUACGUGAUUCUUCCCAUGAUUGUGCUGCGAACCAACUCGAUUGCCCAGUCCGGAUCGGUACAGUUGAAGAAGGUUUUGGAACGCGAAUCGAAGAGCAAGUACCGCAACCUCAACGACGCCGCCAUGGCGCGCCUGGUCGAGAACAAAAACCUGAUGGCCACGCAGUCGCUGCCGACAGACCGCACGCCAGCAAUUAUGGAAACCGCCUCUCUCAGCGAUCACCGGCGAAAAAAGAUCCUGGUCACGGGUGGUGCCGGCUUCGUUGGUUCCCACCUGGUCGAUAAGCUCAUGAUGGAGGGCCACGAGGUGACGGUGGUGGACAACUUCUUCACGGGGCAAAAGAAAAACGUUGCCCACUGGAUGCAUCACCCCAACUUCAGGUACGUCUGGCAACUUUCGUUUGUUUCUGUUGCACAUACAGUAGUUGGCCGCCUCUUUACUCGGGGUAAUUGGUUUGUCCUUGCCGUUUCGAUUUUAUAUUGUUUCUUCCAAGCACUUCGCUGCGGAGAAAUGGAAGUGAAAGAAAGUCACACCCCACGAUAUGAACAUUUUUUAGAAACUAACCCGCUUUUUGCUCUUUCCGAUGGCCAUUACCAUUGCAAUUGCGAUGAAAGUCUCGUUGUUCACGAUGUGACCGAGCCACUCAUGUUAGAGGUCGACCAGAUUUAUCACCUCGCGUGCCCCGCAUCUCCUCCCCACUAUCAGUUCAAUCCGAUCAAGACCAUCAAGACAAGCACUGAGGGAACCCUCAACAUGCUCGGGCUCGCAAAGCGCGUCAAGGCCAGGAUCUUGCUUACGUCCACCAGUGAGAUCUACGGUGACCCCAAGGUUCACCCCCAGGCGGAGAAUUACUGGGGCAACGUCAACCCGAUCGGUCCCCGCUCGUGCUACGACGAGGGAAAGCGCGUUGCGGAAACCAUGAUGUACUCCUACCGAGACCAGGGCGACGUGGAGGUCCGCGUUGCCCGAAUAUUUAACACCUUUGGCCCUAGGAUGCAUCCAAAUGACGGGCGUGUCGUCUCCAACUUUAUCAUCCAGGCCCUCCAGGAGAAGCCCCUCACCGUGUACGGAGAGGGAGAACAGACCCGGUCCUUCCAGUACGUGGACGAUCUCGUCAACGGUCUGCACGCGCUGAUGAACGGUGACUUUGACGGCCCCGUCAACCUCGGAAAUCCUGACGAGUUCACCAUGAAGGAUUUCGCGCAGUAUGUCAAAAAACUCACCAAAUCGGAGUCCGAGAUCCGCUUCCUGGACAAAACCCAGGACGAUCCCUCCAAGCGAAAGCCCGACAUAUCACGGGCCAAGGAGAAACUGGAUUGGGAGCCAAAGGUAACGGUAGAGGACGGUUUGACGCAAACGAUCAAAUACUUUGCACAGGUCCUGGAGGAAGCCGGCGAGAUCAUCCCGACCGGACCCCAGGCCUCCAAGCCGCAGAAUUAAAUUUCAAUUGCAUCGCGAUGGAAUGGAACCGGCACAAAACCGAAUCGAACGGAUGUUUUCACGAACGAGACAAUCCGUAAAACAAAACGCAUCAUGAAGUAACCAAUGAAACGUAAUAAACAUCGAUGCUCACAAAUGAACAAGACACUAUUCGCGAUGCAAGAAAGAGGCGUGGGCGUGUAUGCUUGACUUUUUCAGUGGCAUUAUAUAUCAUAUAUUAUUCUCCAAAUUUUUAUUUUCACCACAAUUGAGUCAUUUAUGAGUCUAAUUUUGUGCCUGUACUUAAGUACGUGUGUGGUUCAGGGCUGCAUUACGAACUCCCCAACGAUAUCGCAGUUUCUGUGGAACAAUAUCUUAUACAGUGAUGAAAUAUAUUUAUUGUAUGCGUUGUUCCAUCCAACUGUACGCUGUGUGUUGUUGGAAUCGAAUCGUUCUUACACAACGGUAUCGACCAUUUGGUGUUCAACAAUCGAUAUUUAUUUCAUUGGUUCUUCUGUAUGCCCGGGCCGUUCGGUUUGCGGUGACAAAACCGAUUUUGAUCGCUUACAUGCUGAGAUACUCGAUCGACUCGUCGUAGUUCAUUGGGUUCCACUCUGGUUCUUGAUUCGUUUCA